AUGUACUUGUCCAUUCAAAAUCCGAUCAAUGAACCGCGAAAUCCUAAUUACGAGAAGGACAUAGCUUACGUGACGAAAUAUAACAAAUGGGUUCUUACUUGUAUUGGCAUUUGGCCGAUAAUAUUAAAAAAUAUAAAUAAAAUUUUACCGAAAAUAGUGAUUGGGAUCAAUAAUUUAUUGUGCUCUUUUAUCCUGAUCCAAAGUGCAUUGCAUAUCAUAUAUGAGGAGAAAGAUGUAUUGCUAAGAUUGAAGAUUCUCGGUUUAAUUUUUUUCUCUUUCAUAUCAUUGAUGAAAUAUUGGGCUCUAACGAUACACAAACCGGAAAUCAAAUAUUGCAUUGAACAAGUGCAAUCAGAUUGGAAACAGGUAGAGAUGGAAAAUGAUCGCGAGCUUAUGUUAAAAUAUGGGAUACUUGGUCGAAAUUUGACCAUUUAUAGUAUUUUAUUCAUGUACAUGGGUAGUAUUACUUAUAUGUCUAUUACACAAUAUGCAAUGGGUUUGCAGUUUAAUGAACAUAAUCAAACGAUUAGAGUGUUGAUUUAUCCUACAUACGGUUAUAAUAUUCAAAAAAGUCCUAUUUAUGAAAUAAUAUACGGUGUUCAAUUUAUGUGCGGAUAUGUCGUCGACACUAUAACAUCUGGUGCUUGCGGUUUAGCAGCACUUUUCGUAACCCAUGCCUGUGGACAAAUCGAUAUCAUUACGUCUCGAUUGGAUGAUAUAGUUGCUGGACAAUUCUACAGCAAAAAUUUAAAUCCGGAUAUACGACUGAUGGGAAUUAUUAAACAUCAUAUAAGAAUUUUAAAAUUUUCAGCGGUAGUUGAGACAAUUUUGCAAGAAGUAUUCUUUUUGGAAUUCAUUGGUUCUACUUUUGUAAUAUGUUUGCUCGAAUAUUAUUGCAUUGCGGAUUGGGAACAAAAAAAUAUAAUUAGUCUGACAUCAUAUGUAUUACUAUUAAUAUCUUUGACGUUUAAUAUGUUCUUAUUAUGCUAUAUUGGAGAUCUUCUAAUACAAAAGAGUAGUAACAUCGGAGUAGCCGUGUUCAUGAUUGACUGGUUUCACUUACCAACAAAAACGAUUCAAAAUCUUAUCUUGAUCAUGGCUAUGUCGAAUACUCCGGCGAAACUUACUGUCGGUAGAAUAGUUGAUUUAUCUUUGUCUACUUUUGGAAAUGUUUUAAAGACGACAUUUGUGUACUUAAACUUCCUUCAGACUGCUGUUAUGCAAUAA